AUGGGUAGUGUGGCCACCCCAGGGGAGCAGAGCUCAUCUCCAAGUGCUGCUGAAAAUGGCUCGGACCCUGACGAGGAGCCUCUUCUCAGAAAAAACCCCCGCCGGUUCGUCAUUUUCCCCAUCCAGUACCCAGACAUCUGGAAAAUGUAUAAACAGGCUCAGGCCUCCUUUUGGACAGCAGAAGAGGUUGAUUUGUCAAAGGACCUUCCUCACUGGAACAAGCUGAAAGCAGAUGAAAAAUACUUUAUCUCGCAUGUUCUGGCAUUUUUUGCAGCCAGCGAUGGAAUUGUAAAUGAAAACCUGGUGGCACGUUUCAGUCAGGAGGUGCAGAUCCCAGAAGCGCGUUGUUUCUAUGGCUUUCAGAUUCUCAUUGAGAACGUUCACUCGGAGAUGUACAGCUUGCUCAUAGACACCUACAUCAAAGAUCCUGAGAAAAGGGAUUUCUUAUUUAAUGCUAUUGAAACAAUGCCUUGCGUCAAGAAGAAAGCAGACUGGGCUCUGAAGUGGGUUGAAGACAGAGAAUCCACUUUUGGUGAGAGAGUGGUUGCCUUUGCUGCAGUUGAAGGCAUCUUCUUUUCGGGUUCCUUUGCUGCUAUAUUUUGGCUGAAGAAGAGGGGCCUGAUGCCUGGACUCACUUUCUCCAAUGAACUUAUUAGCAGAGAUGAGGGUUUACACUGUGAUUUUGCUUGUCUAAUGUUCCAUUAUUUAGUGAACAGACCGUCAGAAGAGCGGGUGCGUGAGAUCAUCGUUAAUGCUGUUGAAAUCGAGCAGGAGUUUCUAACAGAGGCGUUACCUGUAGGUCUGAUUGGAAUGAAUUGCACUUUGAUGAAACAAUAUAUUGAAUUUGUCGCAGACCGGUUACUAAUGGAGCUUGGCUUCUCAAAGGUCUUUCAUGCAGAAAAUCCUUUUGAUUUCAUGGAGAAUAUUUCUCUGGAAGGAAAAACAAAUUUCUUUGAGAAGCGGGUUUCGGAGUAUCAACGUUUUGCUGUUAUGGCAGAAACAAUGGACAAUGUCUUCACUCUGGAUGCAGAUUUUUGACAACUUGGCAAAUGAACGUUGACUGUUUCCCUCUCCCCAUCUCACUUUCAGCUGAGAAGUUGUCUUCAUUUCCUUUCCUGGAAUUUGAGUCUACUAGGAAUUUUUUUCAGGGUUUUCAUGUUGUUUGUCUGAGGAGUAAAUAUAUUGCUGUGUCAUUUAAGAAAAAAAAAGAGGGGUCCUUUUUGAAAACUUUACAUGGCUUUUUAAAAGGAUGGCCUUUUUGAUAUUCCCUUGACUCAUCUGCUGUGAUUGCUGUCUUUAAAAAUGACCUGGAUACUACUGCUUUUUUAAGACUUUGGUAGUGUUUUAAGCAAACUGCAUAUUUGCCUCAUGUUAUGGUAUUUCAAUCUGAAAACCAGAUGAGGUAUCACUCUAUGUAUAUAUGUUGCUAUAAUUUAUUUUAUAUUUUCAUAUUUAUAGAUUUGGUCUAGAGUAAAAGCUCUCCACUUUUGUCCUGCUGCAGAUAAAGCAAUAAGUGAGCCUGGGAAGACGUUAAUAAGUUAUGAACUAUAAAUUUUUAUUAAACCCAGGGAUAUAGUUUGAAAUCCUCAUUAACCUGGGUUCUGUCUGAAAAAGUUUUUACUCUGUUUGCAAACCUGAUGGCUGUUGGGAGGAGUUUAGAUCAAACACAUGUGAUUUUGGUCUUACAGCUGUUAUUGAGUGGGUCAGUGGCCUUUGAGUGGUCCUUGAAAAGGCAGGCCUGUUAAUAGCGGAGAGAAAACACAGCCUGUAGUUCUUUGGCUUGUGCUGCCUGUUUUUCCCUGCUUUUCUAAACAAGUGCCUUAUUAAGCAGUCUGUAGUUGCGCUGAGUUGCAGUCGGCAUCUGCCGCUGGAGCAGCCAGCUCUGGGUGUUGUCUGUCUGCCCUCUGUCCUGCUGGGUGGUUUGAUAUUCUCCCCUUCUCAGUUUCACUUGUGCAUUGAUGGGGUGAGAAGGCGCAUCAUUCCAAGGGAUUAUCCCUUGAGGUGCUACAAACGUACUGCUUGGCUUCUAAGGGAGCACCAAUAAUGUAUGAAGGCGCUUCAAGUUGCGUGUUUAAUGUGAACCUUUGAAACCGUUGUCACUGCAGAGCUCCUGGAGGAAGCAAAACCAAAUUUUGCAGUAGUAUGGAUUAGCAGCAUCUUACAGAUGACUGCUGUUUGGGUUUUGCUCUGUUCCAGUGUGUGCCUGAAAACUUUUUUUAAUUUCCUGUUGUCAUAUGCAGGGAAUGGAGCAAUUGAAGAAUGGCUAACGUGCUGCAGUGGUACUUGGGAUGGGAGGGGUACUAUUCCGUUGUAGGUGGAUUAUUUGCAAAUAGAUAUGCUCAUUUUUUUCCAAAGGUGAAGUGAGUGAACGUGAGCCAGGUUCUGCUUUAUUAAACCUGAGUUCAGCAAUUUGUAUAAAAGCUUUUAUAAGUCUUUGUUGUUGUUGCAGACAUCUUGUGCUACUUUUGAUGCUACUGGCAUGAGAUGAGCUGGCAGCCCAGGGUUAUCAGUGAUGGGAUGGUAUAAGGGUUACUUCUCUGCCAGCCCAGAUCAGCCAUAGUCCUGGAUACCCGAGUUCCAUGAAAGAGGUCCACUGCCUUCGCGUGCUUCCCAGGGAGCAAUUGUCUGUGGUGUAAAAAUAAGCAGCAAAACUCACUCUUUUUGUUUGGUCUCAGUAAAAGAUGGAUAUUUAAUGAGCGUGGAAACAGGACAGCUUUUUUUUUUCUAGAGAAGAACUGGAAUUAUUUGACAUAAGGUACUUAGAUGGGGCAGAGGGGGACCUGGAGAACACAGAGAAAAGCUGGAACUGGUGCCCCUCACUAAUGUCCUGCAACUACAAGAGAACUAUGGACUUGGGGAGAAAAUCCAGCACCUUUUGGAAAUACUGUGUUCAUGAGGGAGAAAGAGGUCUGUUGUUGGAGGAAUGAAACCUAUUUUUAUGUCGCUAAUAGCGUUUGUUUUGAGUGUUGUGAAUUAUGAUGAGAGUAUACAGAAUAUUCAGUUAUGAAACUGCGAUGUGCUCAGGUUCUGUAAAUGUGUAUGAGAUACCAAAGUCUGAUACAACAGCUCCCACUGCAUUUGUGUGUAAAAUACGUGUGUCGGUUCAAUAAACUUGAACGUGGAGAAGGAG